GCACGCGUUUGCGUCAACAACACCGCGAGGAACGUCAACGGCUUUAUUGACGUGAAGCCGACAAGAGUGGGCACAAAGUAGCUAAAAGUUGGGUAGCUUCUUAUAUUGUUCGUGGAAGCGUUAGCGCCGUUUUCUGGGGAUAUUUAGACAAGUGAAAGCGAGAAGGCGAAGUAAAACUGCGUCACGCUUUAAUUGGUAUCUGUUGCAUUACAUCCACAGUGGCGUAACACCUUUUUUUUCUGUCUCUCUUCUCCUUCUUCUUCCCAUUUAAACAUGGGCAUCUUCCAAAGUCCUUCCUGAUGUGGCAGAGCUGACACUAAAGCAUCAUGUCGGAGCCUCUACAUCCUAACCAGGAGAUCACGGAGUGGUUGUCUUCCCUUCGCCUGUCGCAAUACACCACGUGUUUCCAGCAAGGAGGCUAUGAAGCUCUGGAACACUGCAAGGACCUCACAGAUGAGCGCCUCCUGCAGCUCAGAGUGUUUCCAACGGGCCACCGUAGGCGCAUCCUUCGCAGCUUGGAAGCACUUGGGGUGAAACAGCAGAGCGAUGAGGAGCAAGAUGAAGAGGAAGGGGUAGAGAACAGAAGGCGUGGCAGGAAGCCGGUGCCACACCCGAGACACAUCUUCCUGAAGGAUAAAAAGAGGGGGACUUCCUGUCAGCAGCAUCGGUCGAAGGAAAGGAGGGAUUUCGGGGGAAGUCAGACUUUGCCUCCAGGAGCAGGACAGGGAACUGAAAAUGUGGAUGUCACAGAGAGUGGAUUCCUCCGCCCGCCUCAACCGGCCCCGCGCAAUCCCCAAAACAUCCAAACAUCAGUACCUCAACAAACCUUCAUCCCUCCCUCCAUGACCUCCAGCAGCAGCAGCUGUGAGUCCCUCUCCAUUUCUGAAAUGCCCUCAGACUGGGAGAUUUCCUCAGAGGAUCCCUCGCUGUCUAGCACUGACUCCAUUCCCUGUCCUGCCACUGACGACAACGGAGGUUUUUCUGGCGAAAUGGUGGAAAACGCCAUCUAUGAGGCACAGCCCAGGUUUAAGGUUCCCGGAGUUCCACGGCUCACUCGCUCCUACCGUCUGAGGCACCGGCCCGUCCCUGAAAUCCCAAUUCAGACCAUACUGCCACUUCAGGACAGGAGCACACCACCAGCGCAAACCGCCAGCCCUGAACACCUUACCGGCUCAGAAGGUCCCAUCGGUGCAAACAGCAUACAGAAAGCAACUCUUCAAAGAACCUUGACGCCUAUUGCUCCCUACGGAGAAAUGUUCCUGUACAACAACCCUGAAAGCACUCCGGACCAUGGCGCCAAAGAAGGGUCGCAGAAGGGCUUAAAGGACAAGAUAAAACAGAGGAAACUGAGAAAAAAGUCGCCUAAACAGAAAGAGUCCAAGGAUAAAGUGCCUCCCACGGCUCCAACUAUCCCAGACCCCUACACAGACGAAUACUCUACAGUGGAGGAUUGUGCCGGCAUUUUGCCGAGAGCCAGUUCGGACCAAAGCAUCGCAGUGACCCCUGAGAGUCUUGCUGUUGGAGCAGCUGCCUCUGGGUCUCAGGAUGACUCUUUAAUCAUGGUGGAUUGUGACCUCUACUCUGAGCCUGCAGAUGCUCUUGGGGGUGUGACCAGAAAUGCGUUGCCUGAUAUCUCUCCAUACGCAUGCUUUUACGGAGCCCCAAAACACCAGGUGCUCAAAGUGGGUUGGCUGGACAAACUGUCACCUCAAGGAAAAUGUGUUUUCCAAAGGCGGUGGGUGAGAUUUGACGGCGAGAGCCUGGCCUACUACAACAACGACAAGGAGAUGUACUCCAAAGGCAUGAUCCUGGCCAGUGCUAUCAGGCAGGUGCGGGGACUCGGCGACAACAAGUUUGAGGUAGUCACCUCCCUUCGGACCUUCAUAUUCCGGGCUGAAAGAGAAGGGGAGCGCCAGGAGUGGAUGGAAACUCUUCAGACGGCCACGCGCCCCCCCGCCUGCGGCUCCCAGAAGCGCUCCGACAGCCUCCCUCGCCCCUCCUCCACAAACAAGCGGGGCUUGCUGGAGCUCCGCGGUUACAAAGGCAGAGUGCUGGUGUCCCUGGCGGGGAGUAAAGUCAGGCUCUGCAAAACAGAACAGGACUAUAAAGCAGGUCUGGCUAUCGCUGAAGUGGAACUGACUGCUGCCAAUAUCAGAGACGUGGACCGCAGGGGCUUUGAUAUCAACUCGCCCUUCAAGAACUUCUGCUUCACGGCCGAGUCAGAACGGGAGAAGGAGGAGUGGAUUGAAGCAGUCCAGGAAUCGAUCGCCGAGACGCUCUCCGACUAUGAAGUGGCGGAGAAGAUCUGGUUCAACGAGGCCAACCGGAGCUGCGCCGACUGCCGCGCCCCACAGCCGGAGUGGGCGUCCGUCAACCUGGGUGUGGUCAUCUGUAAGAAGUGUGCAGGCCAGCACCGCUCCCUUGGGCCGAGUAUUUCCAAAGUGCGGAGCUUGAAGUUGGACAGCAGUAUCUGGAGCAAUGCACUGGUGGAGUUCUUCCUUGAAGUGGGGAACAAGAAUGCUAAUAACUUCUGGGCCGCCAACCUUCCCUUGGAGGAGGAAAUCCACUGCGGCGCUUCGGCAGAGCAGCGUGCCACCUUCAUCCGCCGGAAGUACCGGGAGAGGAAGUACCGGAGGGUCCUGGAGGGCUUUGAUGACCUGGAGCAGCUCAACCAGGCGCUGUGUGCAGCUGUGGUGCUGCCUGAUGUGCUGCAGACCAUGGCGCUGGUGUUCAGCGGGGCAGAUGUUAUGUGUGCCACCGGGGACCCGACCGUCUCCACCCCCUAUCUCUUGGCCCAGCGUGCUGGUCAGAGGCUACAGAUGGAGUUCCUGCACCAGAACAAACUCUCGGAUUUCCCCAGACUGGAGCAGUGGACAGACAACACCUCCCCGUCCGAGUCUUCCCUCUUCAUGGAUGGCUUCCUCUACAUCUCCUCCAGCCCAUCCAAGAUGACGCUGGACCGCCGUGGAAGAGAUGAAAUGGCCCGUCGUUGGUGUACGUUGGAGGGCGGCUUCCUGAGUUACUAUGAGAACGAGCGAAGCCCGUCGGCCAUCGGCAGGGUGGACGUCACUGAGGUGGUCAGCCUGGCCAUCAGCAAGACAGAGACGAUGACUGGAGCCGGGGCCGUGUUUACUGUGGAGCUGUACCUGCAGACAGAGCGAGCGCUGAUUGUCGGCGCUGAAACACAGGAAACGCAGCAUGACUGGAUACAGGCACUGACAAAGUGCUUCGUCCCCGCUAAAGUCGAGGGACUGGUGCAGAGGCACGGGGAGCUGAUUGGCAGACUGCACUACAAAGAAGGCCAUGACCUGUACCACUGGAGGACGGGUUGGUUUCUGCUGGAAGGCUCUGCCCUACACUACAGCCCAGGAGAGGAGGAGGGAGAAGAGGAAGUCCUUCAACUCAAACAGCUGCAGGAACUCACUGUCUCCACGCAUACGGAGGGUGAGGAGAAGAUCCAAGUCCUGCUGAUGGUGGAGGGCGGAAGAACAGUUUACAUCCAUGGCUUCAACCGGAUAGACUUUGCACUGUGGCACUCGGCAAUCACGCUGGCCGCCGGCACGGAUGGCAGGGCGCUCAGCGACCAGCAGCUGACCAAAAACGGCGUCCCCAUCAUCGUCGACAGCUGCAUUGCUUUUGUCACUCAGUAUGGUUUGUGCCAGGAGGGGGUCUAUCAGAGGACGGGGGACCCCGGUCGAGUGGCCCUCCUCCUGGAGGAGUUCACCAGCGACGCGCGUAACGUGAAGCUGAGGGAGAAGGAGCACCAGCUGGAGGAUGUGACGGACACCCUGAAGAGCUUCUUAUCCCAGGCAGAGGACGCACUGCUGACCAAGGAGCUCUAUCCAUACUGGGUGUCAGCACUGGAUGAGAAGGACGAGAGGCAGAGGGUGAAGAAGUACUCCACUUUCAUAGAGAGUCUGCCGAAGAUAAACAGGUCAACCCUCGAUGCUCUGCUACAACAUCUGUACAGGAUUCAGCAGUGCUCCCACCUCAACCACAUGACGAGCGACAAACUGGCCUCCGUCUUCUCCUCCUGCUUGUUCCAGACUCGGGGACAAACACCGCAGGAGACAAGCGUCGUCCACGACCUCAUCAACAACUACAUUACACUCUUCAGCGUCAAUGAAGACCGGGUGCAACAGAUGGAGAGGGAGAAUAGCUUCAUCACACGCUGGAACGAGAAGAAGGACGCCACGUUCUCUCCAGCUGGGGACUUGAUCUUCGAGGUGUACCUGGAAAAGAGACAACCAGAGAACUGCUGUUUAAUCAAGGUCUCUCCCAGCAUGCGGCCCACGGAGCUCGCAGAAACGGCACUGAGUAUAAGGAACGUCACCUUUAACGCCGACGAUCUCUGGACCACCUUUGAAGUCAUCGAGAACGGAGAGUUAGAGCGACCGUUGCAUCACAGCGAGAAAAUUCUCGAGCAGGUGCUGGAGUGGAGCGCCUUAGAGUACCCUAGCUCUGCUUUUCUUGUGAUAAAGAAGUUUUCAGGGGCCAAAACAGUUGCUGAUGAGAAAGACCUGAAACAGUUUAUAAAAGGCGACUACCUGAAGUUCAGUGAUGGAUCCUCCAAACUUCUGUCGGGGCAUAAAUUUCAGGACAAAUAUGUUGUACUAAAGGCAGAGAAGCUGCUGCUCUACAGAGACAUCAAAGCCACUAAAGCAGAGAGAGCGAUCCCACUCAACUCUGUGAAAUGUUACCUGGGCCUGAAGAGAAAGCUCAAACCUCCAACCAGCUGGGGUUUCACAGUCUACACUGAUAAACAACAAUGGCAUUUCUGCUGCGAGAAGAAGGAGGCGCAGGUCAGCUGGGUGACGGAUAUCAUCAGAAUGAAGUACGGCUCCGACCUGACCUGUUCGAAGAGCGCUAACUCAAAAGACGCUGCUGACGACAAAUUGUCCAGAGGGGGAGCUGUGACGGACUUCAGGAAGAUUCCAACGCACAACCACAUUUCCAGCAAACAGCUUACAGACAGGAGGAUCUCUCUCGAUGACAGCAAGUCGAGGGCCGCCAAGGACGCCGCUCUCCACCACAAGACGAACACCACGGCCAACUGCCUGAAGCACAUCGACAUGCUCAAGGCCCCGCAAGUCCCACACAGGAGGUCCUCCGUGGAUGUUUGCCAGCAUCAACACCUCGCUUCCCCGUCGCCGUCCAGGCAUUUGAAGCCCAUGCCUUUGCCCGUUCCUCCUCAGAGCGGCUGUAAGACGAUCAGCAGGAGACCCGCUCUGGGUGUGGAGGGUAUUAUGCCGCCUAAUCUGCUGAAUGAACUCAACUCGGUGCUGAGCAAGACCGGUCGCAGUGCCAAGAGCAACGACUGACGGGGAGGGUGAGGAGGAGGAGGAGGAGGAGGAGGAGGCGCACCUAAAGCGGUCAGCCUGACCUGAAAGACAAACAUCACAGUGCCGAGUAGAGAAAAGAGCGACGUGGAGGCUGACAGAGACGAACCACAGAACUGCAGAUGGAGCCAAAGUGAGCUGCUCUUAGCCCGAACUGACUGCUUUUGAACUCGGAUAAAUAAAGGGAUGCCCACGCACGCGCGAGGGGAUGCGGGGAAAAACAGGUGCAUGGAGACAGCGGAGGUCACGCAGACCUCAGCUGGACACGGCGCUGACCCAAGCACUACGAAACUCGAUUAAUACGCCGCUCUUCUGAACUACAGCGUUGUGUUCGCCUGUCAAACCUCACAAGUUUCCAGAAAUGCUUGCUUCAUGCCUUUUUGUUUUUACUCUUUGCGGUCACUUUGAAAUGGCUGUUCAGAGUUUGGUCUGGAAAGAAUUGGAAUUGUUAGAAUCCUUACACAGUAAAUUUAAUCUUUAGUUAACCAUACCUACAUGAUUAAUUAUUAGUGGUGGUGUCCACCAUCUUGGCACAUAAUUAAAGUACUUAAAUUACAAAGAUGAGCGCAGAACUAAUCACAGCACUGGCUAGUACCAGAUUAAUAGACAUACUACGCAAUGUUAGCUGGUGGUGGUCAAACUCAGGUGUUAUUAUUUAUUUGUGAUUUCUCUUUUUUACACAUAACGUUUUUUUGUUAUUUUUUUCUACUGUAAUCAUUAAUUACAUCAUAAGCUAGCAGUAACUGUUAAGCAGAUAUCAUUAUGUAUGCACAGACUAAAACUCAUUUUAGUUAGUAGAUUUACUGGUCAUGUUCAGUUUUAAAGGGGCACUGUGUCAUUUUGGAGAAGAAUUCAAACCCACGAUUUUGAUCUUUACAAUAUUAGUUAGGCAAUGAUACAAACUCAUAAGUAUUUUUUUUCCAUAACUGAAUAAACAAGCUGUUCUCAGAGGAAGAUAAAGUCCCCAGAACAUUGUUUGAAGCUAGAAAGGUGGCAGGGUCCGCCAACAGGAUGAAACUUUAAGGUCAGUUUGUUUAUUCAGUUUGUUUAGGCAUGAGUCAGCGAAGGUUUUUGCGCUUCUGAUUGAAAUUUCGUCCCCAAAACUACACAGUGCUCCUUUAAAUUAAAAUCUGAAGCACACGCUAUCCUCAAGUUACCACAGGUGUCAUCGGAUCCAGAGAAACAGCAGCCGAACAAGAUUAAAAUCUCUACUGUGAAUGCCGUUAAGCACACAUUGCCUAUCAAAACCAUCCAGUGUUGUGCUCAACCAGGACCAGAAACCUCAAGAGGUAGACUAAGAGGUUCCCACCUCGCUUUUCUCUCGACGUUCAGGGUGUAAACUUAAAAGUCCUGGGUCCUUUUUUGUGUUUUCUCCCAAUGUGAAAGAAUCAUAAUUAAAAAGCAUGCGAUGUAAUGAUUUAAAAAAAUAACAAAAAAAACAAUUUACAGUUUCCACGGGAAUGUAGACGGUGGAAACGAUAGGGCGAGGCAGAGGUGUGGAAGGAUGCGCACGCAGGAAUCUUUUUAGUUUUUUUUACAUCCUCACAUCCUCUCUCUGCAGGUUUAUAUAAUGCAGUCAUUUGGGCUUUUUUUUUUUUUGCGCCAGGUAAAUCUGCCCAGUGUAUAUAUGGAUUUUAUAUCUCUCCGGAUAGAUUUCCUUCUCCUACACGCCGUUGUGUUCCCUGAACAUAUCUUUAAGAUUUAAGAGGAAGCCUCGCGUAGAGCAACUUAAGCCCGGUUGCGGAUUUCGAGCGUGGAGAUCUUUCAUCUUCGGCUUGUUUAUAUAUAAUUAUAUCAUCGUUUCUCCUCGCCGAUUUUCAUCAAAUUCUGCCUGUUUUUUCUUCUUUUUUUUUUCUCGGGGUUGAAACGUAAGAACAAACUCCCCAUCUCGAGUCGCGCGCUCUCGUUGAAUAAUGUAUGGCGGUUGGAAAAAAAAAAAAAAAAUGCACACGUAGGCAAUUGUCACACCGGUUCCCUCCAUGAAAAAUUCAUAUUAACAUUUUAUUUUCAUUAUGCCUCACACACCAGCUGCUUGUCCUUUUGUUUCAUGUCCUUAUAUUCUAAUCAUAGAGCCUGCGCAUUUGUGCGUCCGCCGGUCCGAGCGUCUCACAUCAGGGCUGUUUCCUCUGUGCAAAUAUGUGCUCUCUCCUCUCUCGCCUGUGUUAGUUAUGUUAAUAUGUUCAUUGCACUGGUAGAAAUGAAUGCAGUCCUGAUUAAUUGGCCUGUUGAGAGUUUGUUUUCAUUCCAUACAGCCUCUCUUGCACAGUGUAACUCAUUUGUUCUGAUGCAUAUGUGUAUAUUGAUCAGUAUUAAAUGUCCAUUUCCCGACUUCCUAAUGUCACAUUGUAAUUAACUUGUGUGCAGUGAAGAUAAUAAUCCUUUUUCAAGUCUACACAGAGCUAUCCGUUCAUGCCUCCUGUACGUCUCUGGAUCCUCUGCGUCUUUCCUUGAACUGUAUGUGCCGGACGUUUACCUCAGUCGUCCUCUGCGUCUGUAUAACCCAGCAUUUUCCUGCCAUCCCUCCGAGGCCUGCAGUGUGCUGAGGUCACCAUAUGGUGAAAGAGAGUUCGGAGAGAAAAAAAGAAAAAAAGCUCUGCAAAGUCAUUAUACGUGUUGACAUUGACCGUGUAACUCUGUUGAGGUAGCGUGCCUGCAGAGGUUGGAAAAGUUCAUUUGCGCAAGUGCUGUAGACCGCUUAAAGGCGCACUGCGUGGUUUUGGGGGAGGACAUUUUAAUCAGAAGGGGGAGGAUCGUCAUUGACACAAACAAACUCAGUGCUCAUGCCUCACUAAACAAUCUAACUUUAAAGGACAAUUUCAUACCGUUUCACUUUGUCUUCUUCAAACUGUUCUGGGGACCUUGUUUUCCUCAGAGAACAGCUUGUUUAUUGAGUUAUGGAAAAGAUGAAUAUUUCUGAGUUUGUCUUAUUUCCUCACUUAUUAAAAUUGAGUUUGAAUGUAUUCUCCAAAACUACAUAGUGCCCCUUAAAGUACAAUGUUUGGCUAGACCUACUUGUAUUUGUUUUAUGCCUUUCCACUCAUCUGUGAAUCAGAGGGAAAUAUUGUGCUUUGCGCUCCACUUAACCUUAGCAAGCCAGAGGAGUUGCUCUUCAGAUUAAAGGGGCUCUUACUAAAGA